GAGAUCACCGCUGGCGCACAUGGCGUAUACAUUAAGAGUGUUUGUAUAUAAGAGUGGCUGCCUGUUAAGGGUAUUGUUCUGCAAACAUAGCCAUAUAUAAUCCUUUUCCAAUAAUUGAGACUUUAGUCCUCCUACUACAGCAAACACGAUUACAUACUGCUUUGAAUAAAACACAAAUCUCAAGACGCCAAGAUGACGGACCAGGGCAAACAACAGUCCAAGACGUACAAGCAGCAAGCAGGAGAGUACUACAACCAAAAGUACGAAACAUGGAUGCCGUGGAUCGAGGACCAGUACCUCAAGUGGUUUACCAAAGAUAACAAAGCAUCCUAUGCUACCAAGCAGAACCUCGACAAAACCAAAGUCACAGGCGUAGACCAAGUCGAUAACCUCCAGGAUGGCGUGAACAAUCUUGUUGGCGGUCAAGUAGGAAAAGGCGGUCUCGCCCAACCUAUUGGCGAUGCAGUCUCAAAGGAGGGCAUCAACCGUGCUGAACGCGGUGGCAAGGAUGAACAAGGAAGGCCGAUUGAAGGUCAGGGACCGUUUGGAGGUUACGGACAGAGCGCUGCAGACGGUGUCAAAGGUGGCGCUAGUAGCGUUACUGAGGGAGCGAAAAGUGCUGGCGGAUGGGCUGGGGGUAUGCUUGGUGGAGGAAAGAAAGAGGAGCAGAAGAAAUAGAGGCGAGGGGAUAGCGGUGACGGCAAUGAUAUGAUACCACAUUUUCGC